AUUUUUGAUUUAAAAAACACCUGUAAGUGAUAUUAAAAAACAACGAAAAAUACAGUAAUCAUAAACAAAAUUAAAAAUGAGUUACAAUCAACGAGGAGGUGGUAAUAAGCCAAAAGGUUUUACAUUUCAAAUAUCAAGUAAUAAAAGAGCUGGUGCAAAUAUACCACCACCACCAUCAUUAAAUCCAUCACUAAGUAGACAAGGCUAUCACACAAUGAAUGCCAUAACUGAAAAUGCAAUAUCAGCAACCUGGGGAAUUCCAAAAAAACGUACUAAAACUGAAGAAGAAUAUUUUGAAGAUGAUGAAGAUGCACAAACAUCAUCACUUGAAUACAUACCAGCUCCUGGUUCACCAUCAUACGAUAGAAUGAAAAAUGAAUCAAAAAAUAACGAGAGUGAUAGUGAAGAAGAUCCACUUGAUGCAUUUAUGGCUGGUAUUGAUGCUGAAGUUAAAAAAAAUAAUAAAAAGCUACAAGAACCAAUUGAGGAUAUUGUAAAAGAUGAUAAUAAAGCAAAAGGUUUUAGACAAGACAUUGAUGGUGAGGAUAAUGAAGAAAGUUAUUACAGAUAUAUGGAAGAAAAUCCAACAGCUGGUCUUCAACAAGAUGACUCGGAUCAAGAUAUUGAUUAUGAUGAUGAUGGUAAUCCAAUAGCACCACCUAAAAAAAAAGAUAUUGAUCCAUUACCACCAAUUGAUCAUAGUCUAAUUGAAUAUGAACCAUUUGAAAAAAAUUUUUAUAAUGUACAUGAUGAUAUAUUAAAUUUAAGUCAAUUACAAGUUGAUGAAUUAAGAAAUACACUUGGUAUUAAAGUAUCAGGACCAUCAGUACCAAAACCAGUAACAAGUUUUGGUCAUUUUGGUUUUGAUGAUGCGUUAAUUAAAACAAUUAGAAAAAGUGAAUAUACACAACCAACACCAAUUCAAUCACAAGCAAUACCAGCAGCUUUAAGUGGACGUGAUUUAAUUGGUAUUGCUAAAACAGGAAGUGGUAAAACAGCAGCAUUUAUAUGGCCAAUGUUAGUACAUAUUAUGGCAAAAGAAUUAUCACCUGGUGAUGGUCCAAUUGGUUUAAUAUUAGCACCAACAAGAGAAUUAUCACAACAAAUAUUUCAUGAAGCUAAAAAAUUUGGUAAAGUUUAUAAUAUACAAGUAUGUUGUUGUUAUGGUGGUGGUAGUAAAUGGGAACAAAGUCAAGCAUUACAAUGUGGAGCUGAAAUUGUUGUUGCAACACCUGGACGAAUGAUUGAUAUGGUUAAAAUGAAAGCAACAAAUUUAACUAGAGUUACAUUAGUGCUUGAUGAAGCUGAUAGAAUGUUUGACAUGGGUUUUGAGCCACAAGUUAGAUCAAUAUGUAAUCAUGUACGUUCAGAUAGACAAACAUUAUUAUUUAGUGCAACAUUUAAAAAAAAAGUUGAAAAAUUAGCUAGAGAUGUAUUAACUGAUCCAAUAAGAAUAGUACAUGGUGAUGUUGGUGAAGCAAAUACAGAUGUAACACAACAUGUAUUAACAUUUUGUAAUAAUCCAACUGGUAAAUGGAGUUGGUUAUUACGUGUUAUUGUUGAAUAUUUAAGUGCUGGUAGUGUAUUAAUAUUUGUAACUAAAAAAUUAAAUGCUGAAGAAUUAUCAAAUAAUUUAAAAAUUAAAGAAUAUGAUGUUAUGUUAUUACAUGGUGAUAUGGAUCAAAUUGAAAGAAAUAAAGUUAUAACAGCAUUUAAAAAAAAAGAUGUAAGUAUACUUGUUGCAACAGAUGUUGCUGCAAGAGGUCUUGAUAUACCACAUAUUAGAACAGUUAUUAAUUAUGAUGUUGCACGUGAUAUUGAUACACAUACACAUAGAAUUGGUAGAACUGGACGUGCUGGUGAAAAAGGUACAGCAUAUACACUUGUUACUGAAAAAGAUAAAGAAUUUGCUGGUCAUCUUGUUAGAAAUCUUGAAGGUGCUAAUCAAGUACCACAAGAUUUAUUAGAUCUUGCAAUGCAAAGUUCAUGGUUUAGAAAAUCAAGAUUUAAAAGUGGUAAAGGUAAAAGUAUUAAUGUUGGUGGUGCUGGUCUUGGUUUUAGAGCUGUAAGACCAGAAAUAUCAUUUAAUCAAAAUGCUUCUUCAUCAUCAUCAUCAUCAUCAUCAAUUGCCCAGUCGCCAAAUGAAAUAUGUGAUGUUGUUAAAAAAUAUGAUAAAGGACCUGGUAGUGAUCGUUUGUCAGCCAUGAAAGCUGCAUUUAAAACUCAAUAUACAUCACAAUUUUGUGCAUCAUCUGAUCAUACUUGGGAACAAACAAUAACACCACCAUCAAUUAUAAUGCCACCACCUUUACCACCUUCAAGUGUCUCAACUAAUGUUGAAACAGAUUAUUCUAUCAAUACAACCACUGCGAUUACUACUUCUACUCCUACUUUUACUCCACCUGCUACCAUGAAUUCUCAAACAAAUGAUAAUUCUACUAAUCAAACUGGUUCUGAUAAAAAACGUGCCAGAAAAAGUCGAUGGGAAUAGUCACUUUAAUCAUGCAUUUUAAUUAAUUUAAUUAUGUAUUUUUGAGCUUCAUAUUUACAAUCAUAUUGACGUAUCAGUUAUGAGUUUGAUAAUAUAUAUAUUUUUUCUUUUUUUUUUUUUUCUUUUUUAUUUUCAUUUUAUUCAUAAGAUAAAUGUUUGUUUUAACAUAUCGUAUUAUAUAGUGUUCUUAUUGAAAACUAAAAAAUAAUAAUAAUAAAAUAAAAAUAGAGACUGUUGAUUAUUGAUUUAUUGUUGAUGAUUAUUUUAUUUAUUUUUAAAAAAUUUAUUUACAUAAAUAGACGUACAUUUAAUUUAUUUUUCUAAUUAGAAAUUAUUUGAGUAUAAUUCUUUUUUUUUUUUUCUGUCAAAUAUUUAAUAAAAUCUUAAUCAUUAUCAAGUUGGUUAAUUAAAUGUUGACAUGCAUGUGUUAGUUUUAUAAAAUUGCCGAAAAAAAAAUUUAUUAAAAAAAUAACAGAAUAACAGCAUCCAGUAAAUAAUUCGUCAAUAAUUAUUAAUUAAUUUUCAAAAUAUUUUUUAUAAACUUUUUGAAAAAAGAAAAAAUUAGUUAAAAAAAAAUUAAUUAAUGUUAAUCAUUGACGAAUCAUUUAGGGCACCGCUGUUUAUUCCAAAAAAAGAAAGUUGAAUUGUAAUUCGUGCACGAAACAUUCAUAAACUUUUUCAUUUUUUUUUAAAUAAAUUAAUUAAUUUAGCAUAAUUAAUGGCUUUAUAAAUUUUUCUUUUAUGUUGUAUAUUAAGUUGACAAUGCUAUUUGAAUAUUUCAAUGCUUAAUUAUUAAAUAAUAAUAAUAAUAAUAAUAAUAAAGAACAAGAGGAUAAACGAAAAUGAAAUAUGGUUAAAUUAUCGUCAUCCAAAGAAGCCGAUUAUGAAUAAUUAUAAACUGUUAUGAUUAACACUGCAUAAAUUAUUUUAAAAAUAUAUUCAAUACGUAAUUCAGUAGGAUGAUAAAUUAAUUAAUAUAAAUUGAUUAAUUUUAAUAUUUUAAAAACAAUUAAUUUCAUCGAUUCAAGUCUCGUAGAUUUCUUUUAUUUAUUUCCAUCAAAAAUUUCAUUGGAAUGUUUUAUAUUAUUCCACAAACAAAUUCAUAAGUUUAAAUUAUUUAAAAUAUUUAAUUUGCUAAACAAUAGUUAUCUUAAUUUUGCAACUAUUUUUAGAUUUAUUUAUUCCUCUUCCAAGUCCACUUGUGAUAUCUGAAAAUUUAAAUGAUAUUAUUUGUUUAUUUUUUUCAUUCAUUUGAUAAUUUAUAUUUUGAAAGAAAUUAAUAAAUAAAUAAACCAUUUUGUCACAAAAAAUAUUAUCAAAAAAAUAUCCUUGAUGGUUCUUUAAAUGGUAUCAUCAUAUGGAUCAUCACCAUCAUGCAACAUGUCCAAGUUGUCACCAACAAAAACGUUUAAUAAAUUUAUCAAUUUUUUAAAAUUUCGAUUGACGUUUUCUUGAUUAAUUUAUUUGAUCAAUAUUUAUCA